GUCCACGUGUGCAAGCUCGGGGAGGGGGGCACAGAAGACGUGACAAAGACGGACUUUAUGUCCGAGUGUGCGCUUCGCUCUAGCCCAGAGCAGCGAACUGUGCCCGGCGUGUGUCCCUCACGGAAGGGCCAGGACGAAGGUGACGAAGGCUCGGUGAGACGCGCCAAGGUGGCCGCCGCGCGUGUUCGUGUGCGCGCGCGCUGGGACAUGCGGGGCGAGAGAGCCCGCGGGAGAGGUGUGCUGGGCUGCACCCAAACCGCUUUCCGGAGGGAAAGCGGAAUCCUGAAAGUGAGUGCGCGUGAGUGCGCGUGAGUGCGCGCGCCCGCGUGCGGGGGCGUGGCAGUAAACAGCAACAACACUCAGGCCAGCUCCGCCAGUAACUCCGAGCUCCCUCCCCGGCCGGAAAGUACGCCUCGCCGGAGCCUGGAGGGACCCAGCCAGUGCCUGGCCUGGGAGCCAGGAUGGCCGUCCCCAAAACCUUGCUGACGUGCCUGGGGCUGCCUCUCUUCCUGUCCGCCGGCGCCCAGGCCCAGAACCACGUGCCGCCUGGCUGCAGCCCAGACCUCAACCCCCUCUACUACAACCUGUGUGACCGUUCUGGGGCUUGGGGCAUCAUCUUGGAGGCGGUGGCCGGGGCGGGAGUCGUCACCACUUUUGUCCUCACCAUCAUCCUCGUGGCCAGCCUCCCCUUUGUGCAGGACACCAAGAAGCGGAGCCUCCUGGGGACCCAGGUGUUCUUUCUGCUGGGGACCCUGGGCCUCUUUUGCCUCGUCUUCGCCUGCGUGGUGAAGCCCGACUUCUCCACCUGUGCCUCGCGACGGUUCCUCUUUGGAGUCCUGUUCGCCAUCUGCUUCUCCUGCCUGGUGGCACAUGUCUUUGCCCUCAACUUUCUGGCCCGGAAGAACCACGGGCCGCGGGGCUGGGUGAUCUUCGCAGUGGCCUUGCUGCUGACGCUCGUGGAGGUGAUCAUCAACACCGAGUGGCUGAUCAUUACGCUGGUGCGGGGGGGCAGCGGCGAGGGCGGCCCUCAGGGCAACGGCAGCGCAGCCUGGGCCGCGGCCUCCCCCUGCGCCAUUGCCAACAUGGACUUCGUCAUGGCGCUCAUCUACGUCAUGCUGCUCCUGCUCUGUGCCUUCACCGGGGCCUGGCCGGCCCUGUGCGGCCGCUUUCGGCGCUGGCGGAAGCACGGCGUCUUCGUGCUGCUCACCACGGCCACGUCCAUGGCCAUAUGGGUGGUGUGGAUCGUCAUGUACACCUACGGCAACCGGCAGCGCAACAGCCCCACCUGGGAUGACCCCACUCUGGCCAUCGCCCUCGCCGCCAACGCCUGGGCCUUUGUCCUCUUCUAUGUCAUCCCGGAGGUCUCCCAGGUGACCAAGGCCAGCCCGGAGCAGAGCUACCAGGGGGACAUGUACCCUACCCGCGGCGUGGGCUACGAGACCAUCCUGAAAGAGCAGAAGGGCCAGAGCAUGUUUGUGGAGAACAAGGCGUUCUCCAUGGACGAGCCAGCCUCAGCUAAGAGACCAGUGUCACCAUACAGUGGGUACAACGGGCAGCUGCUGACCAGCGUCUACCAGCCCACCGAGAUGGCCCUGAUGCACAAAGGCCCGUCCGAAGGAGCUUACGACGUCAUCCUCCCACGAGCCACCGCCAACAGCCAGGUGACGGGCAGUGCCAACUCCACCCUGAGGGCCGAGGACAUGUAUGCCGCCCAGAGCCACCAGGCAGCCUCCCCGCUGAGAGACGGCAAGAACUCCCAGGCUCAGUCCCCGCAAAAUAAAACAAGAUGGUAGAAGCCCUCUUCCCUGAACCACACGUCGUCCUGAUGUCCUCGUACCUCUGUCCGGGUUGGGCAGGGCCCAGCACCUUUCCCUUGUCACUGGAACUGGGAGGGACCGGAGGCCACCAACAGGAAGCAGAGGACUGAGUGGGGGCCUGUGAAGCCCCGAGGUGUGUGGCUGGGGCCCCAGGGCCAGUCCCUUUGCUGCCCAGCCCGCCUCUCCUGACCCCCCACGUGACUGAGGCCACAAGGAUCUACAGAACUGCCCAGCCCGUCUCCGUCCCCUCUCGACGCCCUUCCCCCAGUCACAGCCCAUGUGUCCCCACGCUGUGGUUCUCCAGAUGGCCAUCCUCAGAUGCCCUGUCUUCACACCACAGGCCUUCCUGGCUGUCUUGGUGUCCAGCGUCAGCUUGCCCCGCCUGCGCCUGGGUGUUUGGAGCCAAGCCCUGGCGGAAGUGGGCUUUCUCUCAUCAGGGCUUCCUGCCACCACCUGGACCGAGGAAGGCCGCGGAGUAGGGCCGGAGCUCAGCCUGAGGCCUGGGCAGAGACCGCUCCUCUUCGUGGCCUGUGGGUGGUGGAUCCGAGCCCCUUUGGUGCUGCUUCUCUUACGCACCCUCCUGCGCCAUGGCCCGGUGCCUUCCCCACCUGCAGUGAGCUGGGGCCCACCGAGACAUGGGGUGGUGCUGGGCUGCAUCCUCAGGGGCCAGCUGGGAGUCUGGAUCAUACGGGCCGGGGUCUCAGCUGCUCACAGAACUGGGACUCGUGCCAGGUCCAGCUGGGCAGAUGCACAGAUUUCCGCCUCCCCUUGGGCACCUCAAAUGUGCUGGCACUCUGACUCUCCCACGACAUGCUCCAGAGGGUCCUAACGGCCACCCAGGGAAGUGGGGGGCAUCUUUCAGGACCUGGUGAUGGUGGCAGCAAGGACGGAGAUGUGCGCAGCUCCAGACUCACGGGAACGAGGUCUCUGUAGCAUCGUCUCCUGGUUUUGUCCUGCGCUUGGGUGCCAGGCAGAGCUGGCUGGUCCAAGGGGGCCUCCUCAGGCAUGCCCCUGGAGCUCUGUGCUCAGUGCAGAGACUUCUUGGGGUGCCCAGGGUCGGGGGAGAGAACAACAGCAGGGCCCAGCCUCGCUCUGGUCAGCCUGCAGCUCUCCACUGCCACCGUCGGGCCCCCAGCAGCCUGUGCCUUUGUUACUGGAAUAUUUUUCCAGAGUAAAAAUUGGGCUAACAGGCCCUGCAGAGAGAGUAGGGCUGUACAGCUGCCUGUGACAACUAGCCCCACCACCCCAACCCACGCCCCCUCCAUCACUACCAUUGACCGAUCAUGCUCUGGGUUGCUCAGCUCCUGGAACAGAGUAUUACUUCCCUCUAUUGGAGAGGAAGAGGGAGUUCUUGGGCACUUCAGACUUUUCUUGAUCUAGGGUAGUGGCCCCAAGAUCUCUUCCAGUGAAUAAAGGCACUGUCUUGCUUUUUUGAAGUGACAGUCUCACGGGAGUCUGGGCCCCACCAGACGGCCUCGAAGAGCAGCCUGCAGUGAAUGUGGGUUUGUUCAUUGUCCGAGUACACCGGGGAUCUGGGUGUUGGCUUGGGGAGGACGGGCUCCUGAAAGCUGCAGGCCACCUUGGCUCAGGGGACACCCAGUGGCCCUGCUCCCUCCAGACCUUGGCCAAGUGGAGAAGACAGGUGUGUUUUUAGGAGAGAGCUGCCUUUCCCCAGGUGGUCCAGCCGUAUCACAAAUGGGCCUGGGACGGAAGAAAACAAAAAGAGGUUGGAACAGCACCUUAGUAAAUUUCACAGUCAAGCCGUUCAGUUCAAAGUAGAGUAAUUUGGACGGUAACUGCUCAGAAUUAAAGGAUGUUAUCCUCUUGUUUCUGAGGAAUUCCUAUCACAGAA